AUGUUCGACAGCUAUGUGACCAUUACUUCUAAGCUGUCCGGGCCGACGUUUCGCCUGUCAUAUCGCAGACUUCUUCAGGGUAGUGACCUGACUUCUUGGCUGUCUGGGCCGGCAUUUCGCCUGUCAUAUCGCAGGAUUCUUCAGGGUAGUGACACAGUAAAACUCCGCCUCCGGUGUUGUAUCUUUUUUCAGCCUAGGGGCUCGGGUAACGCAAAGGUCCCUCUGAUUGGCUCGCGGUCUGAGCCAACCCGGGCUUCGCACCAGCCUCCCCGCGCAGCCAACGACGCGGCGUCACCCGGACAGCUUAGAACCUACGUGUACAGCUAUGAAGUACCCAGCCAUCAGCGCCACCAUCGACGGGCAGCGCUGCGCGUGCCACAUCGAGCCCUACCGCAUCUACUGCGACUGCGCCCCGGACCCCUCCUGCUGCGGCUGCUGCUGCUGCUUCCUGGGCUAGCCCCGCCUCCGCCACAGGUACCAGCGCACAGCGCACAGCGCACAGGGCAUGGCGAAAGAUACGAGGGGGGAACGCAGCGCAGGGCUCACGGCUCUCGGAUGAGACGCUACCCAAUGAGAGGGCGUGCAACUAGAGAUGAGAAUAGGCGCAGCACUCGGCUGGCGACAUCAUUCCAUGCCCUGAGCCACCUCAACAGGCCUGACCGGUCGAAAGAGCCGCGGACAGCCCCAUUCGAUGGCGGAGUGGCGAUGGCGGUGGCGGUGGCAGGCUCAGGGGCAGGGGCCGGGGGCGGCGCAGCGGAAGCUGCGGCGCUGGAGGCGCCCUGCGCCGGCGGAAGCGCGCGCUCUCAGGAAGCAGCUGCGUCAGGUGGCGGCGGCGCGGAGCGAAUCUCAUCCGCAGCGCAGCGCGGCGCUCAAGGCCGUCGCCCUGGGCGCCCUCCACCUGAAGACCGCUCCAAACAAGCGGCACUCGGCGAAACCCGAGUGAUGUGGACGGAUUGCUCGCGAUUCACCGAGCGCCGAACAUUCGGCCCUACCCACCGCGUGUCAGUCUUUAGGACACAUCAAAAGGAGCGAACAUUCGCCGAACACAUUAGCUGUUCGGGAUACGGCAUUCCGCGAAUCCCAAUUAGUGUGGACGGAUUGCUUGCAAUUCGCCGAGCACCAAACAUUCGGCAUUCGCCCUACUCACCGCGUGUCCACAUCAGCUGUUCAGGAUGCGGCAUUCGGCGAAUCCCGAGUAUCGCCGAGCGCAGAACGUUUGGCAUUCGCCCUACCCACCGUGUGUCAGUCUUUAGGACACAUCGAAGCGAGCGAACAUUCGCCGAGCUCAUCAGCUCUCGCUGCUCGGCGAAUGUAGAAUGUAAAUAUAUAAUAAUAAAUAAUAAUAAUAAUAAUAAUAAUAAUAAUAAUAAUAAUAAUAAUAAUAAUAAUAAUAAUGAAAAUAGCUCUCUUAACGCGCCGGGCGCCGCUACAGCUGCAAUUAAACGCCCGGGCAAACAGCACCUUAUCUGA